AUGACUGGCGCUCCUGGAAGUGGACACAUCGUACACUCCGCCAUCUUUAUCGAUACAUUGUAUAAUAAUUGUUCUGGUUCAGGAAAGUCCACAAUUGCUGCUCUGUUGGAGCGGUUCUAUGACCCGGUCCGAGGGGCGGUGGAGCUGGACGGAGUGGACAUUCGCUCGCUGGACCCGUCAUGGCUGAGGGGAGAAGUCAUUGGAUUCAUCAAUCAGGAGCCGGUUCUGUUCGGCACGUCGGUUCUGGAGAAUAUCCGGUUCGGGAGGCCGGAGGCCGCUGACGCUGAAGUCUUUGAAGCUGCAAAGUUGGCAAACGCUGAUGACUUCAUCCGGAACUUUCCAGAAGGCUACAACACCGUGCUGGGUGAGCGCGGGGUGACCCUCUCCGGAGGUCAGAAGCAGAGGGUCGCCAUCGCUCGCGCUCUUCUCAAGGAUCCGCGGAUUCUGAUUCUGGAUGAAGCCACCAGCGCUCUGGACGCCGAGUCUGAGAGGACGGUGCAGCUGGCCCUGGAGCGCGCCGCCUCCGGGCGCACCGUCCUGGUUAUCGCUCAUCGGCUGAGCACCAUCGCCGACGCAGACAUCAUCGUGGUGCUGUCCAAAGGCCGCGUGGUGGAGGUACGUGACCGAUCCAUACACGCCCCGCCCAUCACGUGA